AUGACAAGCAUUAAAGUAGCUUACCAAUCAACAGUUCGUCGUUUUCCCAUUCCUAAUAACAUAACUUGGUUAGAUCUUGAAUCCAAAAUUCAAGAAUUAUUUUCUUUACCAUCUACUUCAAAAUUUUCUCUUUCUUAUACCGAUGAUGAAGGGGAUGUUAUCAUUUUAUCUACUGAUUUAGAACUUCAAGAAUUAUUAUCAUCCAAUUCUAUGUUGAAAUUUGUUCUUGUUCCUGAUGAACAACAACCUCUUGUAGCUAAUACUUUCUCAAGUAAUACUUCAGAAAAUGAGUUUAUUACUGUUGAAAAAGAAAAACCUAUUCCUGACAACGUUUCAGAAAAAAUGGAUAUAAAUGAUGCGGCUGACGAACCUUCUUUUAAACCUACAAUUCCUUCAAUUUCAAAAGGAAAACAGAAAGAAGAAUCACCUGCUGAAUCCUCAACGAGUAAACAUCAACAGGAAGAAAAUCAACCUUCUUCAGAUAAUAAUAAUAAUGAACAACGAGCUCCAUUUAUUGAAUUAGCCGAACAAUUUCAAGAAUUAAUUGAUCAAUUUAAAGAUGUUUUCUCAAAAAAUCCUCAAUUAACUGACCAAGCUAAUAAUGUUAUGGAUCAAAUUUUACGAAAUGUUCCAGUAGAUAUUAAUCAAUGGGCUCAAUGGUUAAACACUUUCCGACCUGAAGGGGAUGAUCAAACAACAAAUGCUCAAAGAGAUGAAUCUAAUAAUUCUCAACAUCAACAUAAUAAUCAACAAGGUGGAUUCCCUUCAUUCUUUCCACCUCCUCAUUCUUUAUUAUCAAAUCCUUAUAUUCAAAGAAUUUUUCAAGAUAUUAAUGCUAACUAUCCAGGAGGAUUCGGUAAUUUUGAAAAUUUUGCAAGACCUACAGGAUUUAACGGACCAUGGAAUUUCAAUGGUGGCUGUCCAUAUCGACAACAACAGCGAGAAGAAUUGAGUCAAGAAGAAUUAAAAGAAAAGAUUAAUUUACUUCAUUCAAUGGGAUUUUGGGAGGAUGAUGUAAAAAAUGAAGAAUUAUUAAAGAGAUAUAAUGGUAAUAUUGAAAGAGUAAUUGAAAUUUUAAUUAGAGAACAAACUGAAAGAGUAAAUAAUAAUUUUUAUAAUUCCAUGGAAAAUGUUGUUGUUAGUCAAUAA